AUGUCAUCCGUCAUAAGAUUGGAUCGCACGCUGGAAUCGAGGCUGACGCCCGAGGAAUAUAUCAAGGAGACGCAUGCAGUGCCUGGCUUCAGCGAGCUGCUCGCCCAGCUGCAGAGCGAGACGGCGGAGACAUUGAAGAUUGAGAGCAAGGGCUAUCCGCGUAUCAUAUUCCUCGGCACCGGCUCCUGCAUACCGAAUAAGACGCGCAACGUCAGCUCAAUUCUCAUCCAGACCGCGGCGCAGGCAUUCAUGCUGUUCGACUGCGGCGAAGGCACACACGGCCAGAUCGUGCGGCUCUUUGGGCGAGAGCGUGCCCGUGAGGUGAUGCUGCAGCUGCAGGCUGUCUAUGUCUCGCACUUGCAUGCCGACCAUCACAUCGGACUGAUUGCGCUGCUGCGCGAGCGACAGCGUCUGGAGCCGACGUCCCCACUGCUGCUGCUGGCUCCACGUCAGAUCGAGCCUUGGCUGAACUUUUAUAAUCGUCAAAUCGAACCGAUUGCCGAUGCCUACACGCUGAUGGGCAACGGCGAGCUGCUGGAGCAGCCGCUGGCGGGCGAGCGUGUCGAGCAGCUGGGCAUCGCCUCGAUAGCCACCUGCUUGGUGAGGCAUUGUCCGCAUGCCUUCGGCAUCAGCCUCACGCUGCAGGCGCAGCACGAAGGCGAGCCGAUCAAGCUGACCUACAGCGGCGACACGAUGCCUUGUGCAGAUCUGGUCGAGCUGGGUCGCAACUCAACGGUGCUGAUACACGAGGCCACCAUGGAGGACGACCUGGAGGAGGAGGCGCGCAUCAAGACGCACAGCACCAUCUCGCAGGCCAUACAGCAGGGCCGCGACAUGCAGGCCAAGCACACCAUCCUCACGCACUUCUCGCAGCGCUAUGCCAAAUGCCCGCGCCUGCCCAGCACCGAGGACAUGCAGCACGUGGCCAUUGCCUUUGACAAUAUGCAGGUGACCGUGGAGGAUCUGCAGCACUACCACAAGCUCUAUCCAGCCCUGCUGGCCAUGUACGCCGAGUACACCGAGGAGCUGGAGCAGCGCGCGGUGAAACGAGAGCUCAAGCAGGAGAGGAAACGCAAAUUGGCACAGACGUGA